UUCACGUGCCAGCGCAGCCUCGCAACACGUCCGUGGUUUCGUCCGUCUGAGGGGUAAAACGAGGUUCCAAGCGAGGGAAAGGGAAACGGAGAGAGAGAGAGAGAGGGAGUGAAGCAAGUGGAUCGCACGCGUUCGAUGUUCCCGCUCGGAGAGGCCUGCCACGAUCGCAAGAAUGCCUAACGAAAACGCGCCAGUGUGCGGCUGCGGAAUGGCGGUGGACCUGCCAAAAUCGCGAAACGGCGCCCUGUCCUCGAGGAAGCUCACGAUCAGAAUACCGAAGUCGAAGGGCAGCAAGUCGGACGGGCGGUCUGCCAAGAAACAGCAAGACGACGCCCGUGGGAAGAGCAGGGGCUCCGAGACAGGAAGCUGCAGCUCGGUGACGGAACAAACCAGACCGGUCACGAAAAGCAGCAAACACGAGAAGCGAUUGAAUCACUCGAGGAGGACCCGCAGCGCAGACAGAGCGGAGUCGCACUAUACUUAUAUAGAUUCUGGCUCCAGCAUACUCGGCGGGAUUCGGGAGAACGCUAUACCGGAGGCGCUGUACGCCACCAUUCCAGACACGCCGAACGCGAGCGCCAACGAAACCGGAAAUAGUCAAUUAAACGCGCAAAGUAGAUCGCAACCCGUUUACGCUAUUCCUUCUAUGGUAUCUCCGCCGCCCACCUACGACGUGGCCAUCUCGAAAACGUGGCAGACCGGUUUGCCACCUACCUACGAUGAAUACCUGUGCCACGAGAGCGCCAUGAUAUCGCGAUCCCAUACACCACCACCGCCAUGGUCGGAUUCGUCAACAACAACAUCGACGCCCACGACGCCGAGCGUCCAAACGCGUCGCGAACUGCUCGCCAGUCAGCCGGAACUCAGACAGUAUCUGGCGCAGUUGUCGCUUUCUCAGAACAACGAUAGGUCUAUCGGCCACCAUCAUCACCAUCAGGCGACCGUUUUGAGAGACAGCAGCUACCUUUCCAACCAGCAAGGCUCCAGGGAGGUCAGGGCGCAGCAACGCUCGCGAGCUAUGCCUCCCAGAUCCCAGAGCGAGAGCCGCGUGCAGCAGCAAAGAAUCGCGACGAUGUACGAGGACGGAGCGUUCUGCAUGGAGACGACCGUGCUGCAGAGCGCGAUCGAGAACGGGAUAGCCUUGUGCCGCCUGAUGUAAGGCGGUGAGAGGAUCAGGACACGAAACGGGGACGGAUAAGAGCGUUCCAUGGAUUCGGCGAAGUCGUAUUCGAGGCACCGUCUCUUUUCGCGGCCGUUCGGCAAGGCAAGAAUCUCACCGUGGUUGCAACGAAGUCCGUCGAAGUUCCGGCGACGAAAUCCUGCGAUCGACAUUGGUAUAAUCGAUCUCGUCCCUCGUCCUGUCCCUCCGUCGUUCCCUCUCGUCUUCCUCUUCCUCCUCGUCGUGUCCGGGUAGAAUUAGAACGCGAAAAGUUUCGCGAGCGCCGUGGAACGACCGAUAAUUAAGCGUAACUUCUCCCUCGACUUCUUUUUCCACGAAACGAGAAUCUCCGGACGUCGGAGAGGGAUCUCAAAAGUUCGCCUCGCGUCCGGAAUUUCGAAGGCUCGAUCGCGUGGGUAGGAACUUCCCAGACG